AUGGAAGAUAGAUCUCUCAAAGAUUAUGCAGCACCUUAUGCACGUGGCUUGAGAUCUAGCAUCACGAGACCAUCCAUUGAAGCUAAUCACUUUGAAAUAAAGCUUGCGGUUAUAACUAUGGUGAAUCAACAUCAAUUUGGGAAAGGACCCCAUGAAGAUCCGAAUCAGCACCUUAAGGUCUUCUAUGAGAUUUGUGGGACUAAAAAGAUGAAUGGAGUCCUUGCAGAAGCUGUGAAAUUAAUGCUGUUUGAUUUUUCUUUGAGGGAUUGGGUGUCUCUUGAUUUUGCAGUUGGAGGGGCACUUAUGAACAAAAGUCUUGACGAAGCCGAAGAUAUUAUUGAGAGUGUAGCUCAGAACCAUCAUCAAUGGACAAUUGAAAGAUGUGGAGGCUCCUUCUCUGGAAACCCUAUCAAGAGAUCAGGAAAAUUUGAUGUGGAAGCAAUCACUCUUAUGCCUACAAAGUUGGAUGUCUUGACUAAAAAACUCAAGAAUAUGGGUACUGACACAGUUAAUGUAAUCAUAGAAAAGAUACUUGAAGAAAUUCUUAAUGAGCAAAAGGAAAUGAAGAAUGAAUUCAAGCAAAUGAGUCAAAGGAUAGACAAUGUGGAGAAGCAUCAAAAACUCCAAGAUAGUCAAAUUGCUCAGAUAGUCUCAUCUACUACAAGAGCACCGAGCACAUUUCCAAGGAGAACAUAUAUGAAUCCUAUUGAGUAUUGUAAUAGGAUUGAACUAAGUAGUGGACAGACCUUGGGAGAUCCCCAAGUGACUGCUCAAAGUCAUGAAACUCAAAACAAUGGAGAGCUCUCUCCUUCUCUACCAAAUGAUGAAGGCGCUAAAGAAGAGGAGAAGAGUACCGCAAAGGUUGAAGAGUCUUCUUCACCUAUUGUUCAAACACAAGCAGGUCUAUUCCCUCAAAGAUUGACCAACUUGAAAAGAGAUGAAGGGUUUGGCAAAUUCUUGGAGAAAGUUAAAAACUUGUGCAUUGAGGUACCACUCAUUAAUGCACUACAAGAAAUGCCCAAAUUUGCCAAAUUUCUUAAAGAAAUAAUGUCAAGCAAGAGAAGAAAAGGAGGCUAUAAAAUGGUAGCAUUGACAGAGGAGAGUAGCGCUUUGCUACUAGACGAUACACCUCCAAAGCUCCAAGAUCCAGAAAGUUUCUUCAUCCCUUGCAAGAUAGGGACUACUUUGAUUGAAAGAGAUUUUUGUAAUUUGGGAGAAAGUGUUAGCCUCAUGCCUUACUCAAUUUGUAAUAAGUUAGGCCUUAAAGACAUUAAACUCACUACCAUAAUACUUCAACUAGUUGAUCAUUCAUGUAGAUAUCCAAUGGGGAUAAUUGAAGAUGUGCAGAUAAAGGUGAGUGGUAGUUUUGUGCUCACAGAUUUUGUGGUACUUGACGUGGAGAAGGACCCUAAAAUUCAAAUCAUUCUUGGAAGGCCCUUCCUUAAUAUGGACGGAGCUAUGAUUGACAUGAAACACUAUAAGUUGGACUUGGUUAUCAGUGAGGAAAGACUUACUUUCAAUUUAUCUAAGUCUCCUAACCAUGUUGCUUUUCUAUUGAAUGAUUGUAGAACACUUGAAGAGUACCAUACUGAUGAGUGGAUGCAAGAUUAA